GUCAAUAUAAAAAAACAGUAGCAAUGGGAUAUGGUAUAGUAAUAAAAAUAGAAGAACAAGAUAAAAAAGAAGUGUUAACUUUCAAAGGAAUAACACAAGGACCACCAUCAUCAACUAGAGCUGAAUUAAUAGUGAUAGCAGUUUUAUUAGAUAUAUCUCCAAGAAAUAAAAUAAUAAAAAUAAACACAGACUUAAGCGUAGCAAUUGCGGCAAUAAAUGGAUAUAUAGAUUUGAGAAAAAGGAAAAAAAGAAAAUCGUAUAAAAAUCCAUAUAUACUACAAACAAUAGAAGAACUAAUAGUUAAAAAAGAAAUAAAAAUAGAACUA